AUGAUCCUGUGUCCGCUGAUCGCGACUCUUUUCCUUGCCUCAUCUCUAGCUGGAAUCCCUUCACCUCCAGCUAACCACACGUUCACCACAGCUGUAGGAGCAAUAAAGGAUAUUUUUGCAUCCGUAUCCCUUCAGCGUUGCUCCGCCAUAUUGGUGACGGAUGGAACAGUUUCAACGCCUGCCAUCUAUGAGGUGCUUGCCAGUAUCCCAGCUCCGUGGGGCGUGGGUGUGUACGAAAUAAUCUUGAAGAAAGAUAAUAGUACUGAAGUGGAGAAUUCUCGAAUAUUAAGCGAGGCCCGGAAGUUGCGUAUGUCGUCGUGGUGCGCGAACGUGGUCGUACUGAGCGACGACCCCGCCUCCCUGGCCUCCUUCGCCGAGUCGUCGCUCCGGGGCCGCCUCCUGGUGUGGGCCACGAGGCUCCUGGUCGUCACCCGCCUGCCCCUUCAGGAGAUCGACGGCGUCCUUUCAACCCACUGGACUUUCUCCAUGAUGAACACUAUGGUCGCUAUCUUGGGAGAGGAGAAUUUUACCCGCGUGUACUCCCACCUGCCGUACACCCCAGCAGGAAGCCAAGUGGUGCGUUUGGCUCACUGGACCCCUCAGCGUGGCCUAGCCGUUCGAAAUGGCUCAAAACUCUUCCCGCAGAAGUUUGAUAAUUUUUAUGGAGGUACGAUCAAUGUGACAGCGAAAAACUAUAAGCCUCUAUGGUUUGAAGUAGAGGAGGUUGCACCCAAUGGCGGGGUUGUGAAAAGAACCACUGGAAUGGACUACCUCCUCCUUGAUGCCGUGUCGAAGAGCUUGAAUUUUACGUACAACAAUCUCCAUGUCGACUCGUGGGCAGAGGCUUUAGACUUUACAAGCCAAAGGAUCUCCUUCGUAACACCCGUAUACCACGCUGUCCUCGCCACACGUCUGAAGCGCUUUGACUACAGCAUGGGCUACACUUUUGCCUUCAUAUCCUUCAGUAUGAAAAAGCCUGAAAUUCAGCCUCAGUGGCAAAGCCUGUAUUACCCUCUGGCGGACCAAGUGUGGCUGGCUAUCCUGAUGAUCGUGGCCCGCAUAGAGGCUUCUCUCUUGGAUCUUCGUGAUGUGAUGACUCUAAGAAACGGGUACACACUGAUGUUCGGAUCUCUGCUUGGGCAAAGCGUAGACAUGGGGAAGACCAGCAAGAAUGGCAUCCGAGUGCUUGUAGGAGGAUGGCUGAUCUUUGCUUUCAUCAUAGGAACGGCUUAUCGAGGCAACCUGACCGCAGCUCUCACUCUGCCCAAAUACCCGCCGAGGCCCGAGACGAUCGAGCAACUCGUCGACAACGCCAAAAUGGUAACCAUUAUGCCAUGGGGGAAGGAUUUCAAGACCUACUUUAAGGAUUCGGACUCUCCCGUGUUCGAAAAGCUGUCAGAUCUGAUGCUUGUGGGAAUUGACACUGUCGAGGGACUGCAACAAGCGAUCGAUUCAAGACAAGCACACAUGGAGACCAUCCACAAGCUAAAACUCGACAUCGCCGAACAAUUCACUCAACUGGACGGCUCGACCCAGCUGUACAUCGGCCGAGAAAGCGUGAUGCCCGGACUAGCUGCCUGGCCUCUCCCUCACGACGCACCUUACACGGAAAAUAUCAAUCGCUGUCUGCACGCUGUUGUAGAGGCCGGACUCUACAACAAAUGGGAAGCUCAAAUGGUAGACCUCGUGCGCCGCCAAAGUCGCAUCGAAAGGCUCAACAUGGUGUUCAGUUCGCUCGUUUUCGUGGCGGAGGUUAUCUGGGCUUCGGCAGUGCGUAAAGAGAGUUAUUAG